UGAUUUGUUAUUAAUUUAUGCACUCAUUUUAAUUUUGAAAAACGAAAAAACAAAAAACCUCAAUUUUGCAAAGACAAAGCGUUGCGUCUCCUGCAGUCCUUCAGAGCUGAGCGGGUGAGCAGCCUAAACUGAACCAGCAAAGAAGCUUUUGAGGGAAGCAAACCUUUUUGCCCCUUUCUCAAAUCUCACACCACGUUCAACUUCUCUAAGUUGAUCUCCUCUCUUUCUCUCACAUUUAGAACAUACGCUGAUUCUCUCUUCUUGUAUCACCCUCAUCCAGCUCUUUUAGCUUUGAAUGAAAACCUGUGAUUGGAUUCUUAUGUGAAGCAGAGAAUGUUCACGGAAGGACUCGACUCUAAUGCCCUUCGCUGGGUUCGUGAGAACCAGAAGGAAACUCCUCUUUCGCAUUCGAGUUUAAGGCCUAAAAUAGAUCCGAUUGCUAACUAUAGAAAUGGCGGCCGCGGAUUUGGCUUGCCUCCGCCGUCUAAAUUCAGAAGCGGACACUUGCCGUCCACUGCAAUUCCGGUGUCCCGUACAAUACCUGGCGAUGUCGACGAUAGUCGGUCUGCUUCCGACAAUGACAUAACUACUGAGUCAGAUGAAGAUGAUGUUUAUGGAGGACGGUAUUCUCUUGAUUCCUCUCCUCAACAUGAAAGAAUCCCUAGUUCUGGUGUUAAUAGGCAAAGAUAUGGAAAUGCUACACAAAGAGGAACGCGUUAUGUCAGUGAUUACUCCGAUGUUAGUUCGUCUAUGGAGACGGUUGCGGCGGGGAGAGGCGGAAGUGUGGUGGAGAGGUUUGUUAGAGGAAAUAGCAGGUAUCCGGUUGAAAGGAAUGUUUAUACCGAGGAUGAUGAGGAGGAAUCAGAUUCCGCUGGUAGUUCUGAGUUUUCUACUACUCAAGCUGGGAGUGUUAGUAGUGCUUUGCCUAGGAGUAGAAUUCGUGUUUCUGAAGGAUAUGCUUCGAGUGUGGUGUCUUCUCAGGCUAACGUUGAAACCAUUGGUCCAAGGGAUUUGCAUUCCAGAAACCUGCAGAAUGAGAAACUUUCUUAUGAUGAUGAUGUUCCCAGUGCACCUCCAUUUUGUGGUUCUGGUCAGGAAAUUAAAGAAACGGGUGAACUGGCAUCUGGAGUUCAUAAAACCACAGGCAUCACAGAUUCUUCUGACUUCUCUACCAUUAACGAGACAAGCAAAACGAAACCUACUUCUGUAGGUGAACCAAAGGAUAACUCUGGAAACAAGAAUCCUGAUCAGUUUUUAAGAACAACUGCUGGUGUGGAAGCUGCUAUUCCUUCUGGCUCAAACCCAGCUCGGCUUCCAACCUUUCAUGCAAGUGCAUUGGGGCCUUGGCAUGCUGUGAUUGCAUAUGAUGGAUGUGUGCGGCUUUGUCUUCAUGCUUGGGCACGGGGAUGCAUGGAAGCUCCUAUGUUCUUGGAAAAUGAAUGUGCUUUAUUACGGGAGGCAUUCGGUGUACAGACUGUCCUGUUGCAAUCAGAAGAGGAACUACUGGCAAAGCGCUCGUCUGAGCUUGUUAGUGAGGGUACUGCUGUGAAACCUAAGAAAAUCAUUGGGAAGAUGAAAGUGCAAGUGCGAAGAGUGAAGACAGUUCUUGACCCUCCUACUGGCUGUAGCAUGUCAUCUCUGACACUUAGGGCACCAAAGCUAAAACUCGAAUCUGUCCGAUAUCGUUUCUCCAAGUUGCAGUCAACACUUUCUACUGCCUGGCAAGCUUUUCGAAAAAUCCGCGUUGCACAUUGCUUACCUGCAAAUGGUUCUUUUUCCCGUCAAAGCUUGGCAUAUGUGCACGCCAGUACUCAGUAUCUAAAACAGGUGUCUGGACUCCUUAAAAUUGGUGUGACAAGUCUACGUAACAGUUCAUCAUCAUAUGAAGUUGUUCAAGAAACAUUCUCGUGUUUGUUAAGACUGAAAAGUUCAGCAGAAGAAGAUAGCAUCCGGAUGCAGCCUGGAUCUGGUGAAACCCAUCUGUUCUUUCCAGAUAGUCUAGGGGAUGAUUUAAUCGUUGAAGUCCAAGAUUCUAAGGGGAAUUAUUAUGGCCGUGUCCUUGCUCAAGUUGCAACUAUUGCUGAAGAUCCGGUUGAUAAGCUGCGUUGGUGGUCUAUUUAUAGAGAACCAGAACAUGAGCUUGUGGGCAAACUACAACUCUACAUUAAUUACUCUACGAGUUCAGAUGACAGUAAUCUCAAGUGUGGCUCUGUAGCUGAGACGGUUGCAUAUGACCUUGUUCUAGAAGUUGCUAUGAAGAUUCAACAAUUUCAGCAAAGGAAUUUAUUGCUUUAUGGGUCAUGGAAAUGGCUCCUUACUGAAUUUGCAUCAUAUUAUGGAGUUUCAGAUGCCUAUACCAAGUUGAGGUACCUUUCCUAUAUAAUGGAUGUAGCUACACCCACGGCUGACUGCCUGACCUUGGUGCAUGAUUUGUUAAUGCCUGUGAUUAUGAAGGGCCAUAACAAGAGUAUGUUGAGUCAUCAGGAGAACCGGCUUUUGGGAGAAAUCAAGGAUCAGAUUGAACAGAUUCUAGCUCUAGUGUUUGAGAACUACAAGUCUCUUGAUGAAUCAGCAUUAUCUGGUAUUUUGGAUGUUUUCAAGCCUGCAACUGGACUUGCAGCACCUGCACUAGAACCUGCAGUGAAGCUAUAUACCCUUCUUCAUGACAUAUUGUCUCCUGAGGCACAAACAAAUCUCACCCAUUAUUUCCAGGCUGCUGCCAGGAAAAGGUCACGAAGGCACUUGACAGAGACAGAUGAAUUUGUUACUAGCAACAAUGAAGCUACUUUGAUGGACUCGGUUGCAAUGUCCACAGCUUACCAGAAGAUGACUUCCCUUUGUUUGAACAUUAAAAAUGAAAUUAGUACUGAUAUUGAAAUCCACAAUCAACAUAUACUUCCCAGCUUUAUAGACCUUCCAAAUUUAUCUUCAUCCAUAUACAGCACAGAGCUUUGCAAUAGAUUGCGGGCUUUCCUACUUGCAUGCCCUCCAACUGGUCCUUCACCUCAUGUAGCGGAACUCGUUAUUGCAACAGCUGAUUUUCAGAGGGACCUUGCCAGCUGGAACAUUAGUCAUGUGAAAGGAGGAGUUGAUGCAAAAGAGUUAUUCCAUUUGUAUAUCAUGCUAUGGAUUCAAGACAAGCGCCUUUCUUUGCUAGAGUCAUGUAAACUAGACAAGGUAAAAUGGUCAGGAGUCAGGACGCAACAUUCUACUACUCCCUUUAUCGAUGAGAUGUAUGACCGUCUUAGAGAGACUCUAGACAACUAUGAAGUCAUCACUUGCCGAUGGCCAGAGUACAUUUUUGUCCUAGAAAAUGCUAUUGCUGAUGUUGAGAAGGCAAUAGUGGAGGCUUUGGACAAACAAUAUGCUGAUGUGCUAGCACCAUUGAAGGAGAAUUUGGCGCCCAAGAAAUUUGGCUUCAAGUAUGUGAUGAAGCUUACACAAAGAUCUGUAUGUUCAUAUACAGUUCCUGACGAGCUUGGAAUUAUGUUGAAUUCCAUGAAGAGGAUGCUUGAUGUCUUGCGUCCCAAGAUAGAAUCUCAGUUCAAGUCAUGGGGUUCUUGCAUACCUGAUGGUGGAAAUGCAGUUCCUGGAGAGCGUCUUAGCGAAGUGACUGUAAUGCUGAGAGCGAAGUUUAGAAGUUAUCUACAAGCUGUUGUAGAAAAACUAGCAGAAAAUACAAAGUUGCAGAAUACUACAAAAUUGAAAAAGAUUCUCCAGGAAGCAAAGGAAUCCGUGGUAGAAUCUGAUAUAAGAGGUAGAAUGCAGCCACUAAAAGACCAGCUGACAAAUACAAUCAAUCACCUCCAGUCUAUUUUUGAAACACAUGUAUUCGUUGCAAUCUGUCGAGGCUAUUGGGACCGCAUGGGGCAGGAUGUUCUUAGUUUCUUGGAGAACAGAAAAGAAAAUAGGUCCUGGUAUAAAGGAUCGCGAAUAGCAGUAUCUGUCCUGGAUGAUACCUUUGCCUCACAGAUGCAGCAGCUGCUUGGGAAUGCACUACAAGAUAAAGAUCUUGAGCCACCAAGAUCGAUCAUGGAAGUCCGUUCAAUGCUAUGCAAGGACACUCCCAAUCACAAGGACAAUGGCUACUACUAUUGAAACCGCUUCCGUUUGUAGAUAUGAGAACUACGAGGAUUUGUGAUUACGUGAAGCAGAAACUUGGUAAGUCAGCGAUGAUAUAAGUUAAUCUCAUUGGCCUCUUGCAAAUUAUGGCCAUCAGUUCUACCAAUGCAUUCAAAACUGCAGGUGCAACCAAUUUUGUCAAGGGAGCAAGUGUCUCAGUUGCUCGUCAUUUUUACCAGUCUGCCAUUCUCCAAUAAGUAUUUCAUUUUUAUUUCUUUUUCAUUUUUGGGUAUAGAUAUAUAGAGCACUGAGAUAGUCUAAUUUCACCUACAUAUGUAAUAUGCUAUAUAGAUAGAUAUAAGCUUCUUUGCCUUUCUUUUUCACUCUGCAUCAGACUAUAGUGCAAAUACUAUCCCUUUCAAAUCCGGUGUAAAUAUACGAUACAAAAAUUUCUGAUUUGCCCAACCAUUAACCUAUAAAUUUGUCAAUUAGUCUUUGUUGGCAUUCAAGCGA